GCUAGCGACACCCGGCUAUCGCCGCUUAUAGCCCCGCUUUCGCUUCUCGGGUCGCGGAAAAGCGGCUCUCCCCGGCGGUGCAGUGGCAGCCCCCGUCAGGGCUGAAUCCUAGGGAAGAACAGGCAGUAACUUGAAUAAUAAAGCGACGGUAGAAAGCUCCUCGCCGCCUUCAAGUUUGCAAAUCAUGUGCUCUCCGAAGAUUUUCCAUCCAGCCUGCCCAGCAGAAGAAGAUUCCAAACCGGUAUUUGGGCCAGCCCAGCCCCUUCACACACCCACAUCUGCUCAAACCAGGAGAGGUAACGCCAGGAUUGUCACAGGUGGAAUACGCUCUUCGCCGGCACAAACUGAUGGUGUUGAUCCAGAAGGAAGCCCAAGGCUGGGAAAGUUUGGACCACACAGUGAUUCUGCUGUCCAACCCUACAUACUAUAUGAGCAAUGACAUCCCCUAUAUUUUCCACCAGGACACUAAUUUCCUGUACCUCUGUGGGUUUCAGGAGCCUGACAGCAUCCUUGUGCUGCAGAGCAUUCCUGGCAAAGCGCUGCCGUCUCACAAAUCCAUACUUUUUGUGCCCCGGAGAGAUCCAAAUCGAGAGCUGUGGGAUGGGCCCAGAUCAGGCCCAGAUGGGGCAAUUGCUCUCACAGGAGUAGAUGAAGCUUACACCAUUGAGGAGUUCAGACACUUGGUGGCCAAGCUGAAAGGUGAGUCAAACAUGGUUUGGUAUGACUUGAGAAAACCAGUGCAUGCAGAGCUGCACUCUGACUACAUGCAGUCCCUGGCUGAGGUAAAAGCUCGGAGCAAAAACCGCAUCCAGGGCGUUCGACAUCUCGUGCAAAACCUUCGGCUGAUCAAAUCCCCUGCCGAGAUUGAGAGGAUGAAGAUAGCUGGCCGCGUGACAGCAGAGGCUUUCACAGAGACAAUAUUUGCCAGUAAAUCCCCUGUGGAUGAAGCCUUUCUGUAUGCUAAGUUUGAAUUCGAGUGCCGGGCUCGUGGUGCUGACAUAUUGGCAUACCCCCCUGUUGUUGCUGGUGGCAACAGAUCAAACACUUUGCACUAUGUGAAGAAUAAUCAGCUCAUCAAGGAUGGUGAACUGGUCUUGCUAGAUGGUGGAUGUGAAUUUUCCUGCUAUGUGAGUGACAUCACACGUACCUGGCCUGUUAAUGGAAGGUUCACCAAACCCCAAGCAGAACUGUAUCAAGCUGUCCUGGAUAUCCAGAAGUCCUGCUUGAGCCUCUGCUCCCCUGGCAUGAGUUUGGAAAAUAUCUACAGCCUCAUGCUGAGCCUUAUUGGACAGAAACUGAAAGACUUGGGUGUCCUGAAAAGCAGCGUCACCGACAGCCAUUUUUUCAAGGCUGUUCGAAAGUACUGCCCUCAUCACGUGGGCCAUUACUUGGGCAUGGAUGUUCACGAUACCCCGGAUAUAUCCCGAUCGCUCCCGUUCCAGCCAGGCAUGGUGAUAACCAUUGAACCAGGCAUUUAUAUCCCUGAGGAUGAUGUGAGUGCUCCGGAGAGGUUUCGUGGCAUUGGUGUGCGCAUUGAGGAUGAUGUUGUGAUAACAGAGGAUGCACCUCUCGUCUUGUCUGCCGACUGUCCCAAGGAUAUCUACCACAUUGAGCAGAUCUGUGGCCGCAGCUCGUGAUGCCCCUUCUCUGCCUCUUUCAUUCUCCUUGGGAGAUGCAGCCCUGCAGGGAUGCAGAUCCCUUCGCUGGCUGUAGUUCUGAAGUGAUGGAAGGCAUGGAUGGACACUUGAUGGCUAUUUCCAAGAUUGGGACUGGGCAGUGGAAUGCAAAAGGCUUGGGUACUGAGGGAUGAAAGAACAAAGCAACCUUUUCUGUGCUCAAUUUUCUUCUGAUUUGUGCUGAUGUUAAACUGUUGUAUGAUGUGGGAGUGGAUUAACCCCUCUGCUGUGUGUAUCCGUGUGUUCUGGGACCCUUGGCGGGGGUUGAAUUUUGUCAGCGCCACCAGAUGCAUAGGUACAACAGCUGAGACCAAGGACCCCUGUUUUCCCUCCUUAGCAGCAGUUUCACAACAGUCAGAUUUUUAAAAUGAGGCUUUUAUAAAUGCUGGUUUGGGAUAAGAAAGUGUCAGGUUGAAUUUUAUAGCACCAUGUAAGGAGAUAGCCUGGUAAUCAAGAAGAUGGGAUUGUUGGAGAGGUGGCUGUAUCUGAAGCCAGUGGAGAAUUCUUUUAGUAUUUUAAGGAUAAAAGUGUGUUUAGACCUUGUUCAAGCAUAGGCAAAAUAGGCCUGCAGCUGGGAAAAACACCUUGUCUUUCAGCUUAUUGGAGUGUUUCAUAAUUUCAAAAAGUACAAUUAGGGCUCAGAAGGUUAGACAUACCUAUUCUUGCUGUCUUCCACAUUCCCUUCCUUUUGUCCCAAAAGUCCAUUAGAUUUUCCUGCUCUGAGUUCCUUUCUAAUGUAGGAAGCAGGGCCAUGUUGAUUAUGCUGGACUCCACUGGUGAGCUGUUGGUUGUCACCCAGAUGGGAGGUGUCCAGUUCUGGGACAGUCACAACACCUGUCUGGCUUAUGCUUGCUUUGUGUUGUAAGUGCCAGCAGCUUCAGCAGUGUGGUUUUAAGGAGUCUGUCCUAUGGCAAGUCUUUACAUGGCUUUUAUAUGGAAUUAAUUAGAAUUAAAAGUAAUUCUUCUUUUCUGAACUCCAAGGGCAUGACAAGAGUUGACUUUUAGAUUUUUCCAAGUGCUCUGACAAUAUUUUUGAAGCAGCUGCAAAUGUUACUGGGACUAGGCUGGGUGAGGAGUAAAGAGAAGAGUUUUCUACCCUGAACAUCAGCCUACCACCCAGGCCAUUGUAUGCCAUAGUAAAUACACUUACUAGAGGCAAGCACAGCAUCUGUGUAUUUACUGAAAAUAUUUAGACAAUCAGCUAUUUAACAUGUCUGAAAAAUGCCUCUCAUCAGAGCAUCUCCUGUUAUUUACACUUGCUGUUGCAUCACCUUACUUCCUUUCUUAUGAUAGCUUUCAGUGCUCUUCAUUUGUUACUUUAAAUUUUCUUUUCUCUUCCUAGAUUGUCUAUUUUUGACCCACUAUGUCACUGCUUGCUAAUCCAUUUUACUUUCUUACCAAUGUCACUGCCUCUUCCUCGGUUUGGCCUAAUUCCCCACAGUGAAUGUAGCCACAAGCAUGUGGGAAAGGUGCUCAGGGUUCUGGAGUUUGACCUCUGGUUCUGUUGCUGUGUAAUCUCUAGCAAAAUCUGCACUUGUUUUUUCCCCCCUCCUUGUUUUUUUUCUAUGUUUCACUUAGUGAAGGCCAAGUGGGCAGUGUCUUGCAUCUCUCAUUGCAUUUAACAUGAGCUGGGUGCAUGCGCUGGAGUUGGAAUUUUGGCACCUGAAAGGCAACCAAGACAUGCCAUAAUUUUAUUUUCUAAAUAUGACAAAAAGAAAUGCUUUUAUGGGGUUUAGUGUAUCAAGUUUCACCUAUUUAAGGGAAUCUGCUAAUCUCUGAUGUCAGUGCAUGUUAAAUACUCCUGUGUUGCAGUGAUAGCUACAGCCUAAAAUGGGAGGCUUCCUAAGUAUGAACACAGACCUGAUGAAUACUUUUGAUGUUGUUCUGAUCUGUAAUACAUUUGUUCCAAUUACACCUGUUAGAGCCACAUCAACUGGGCUAAAUCUUGGGGAUUUUGGAACUAUGUAAGCAGCUUAAAAUAACAUUAAUCUGAGAGAUACAUGUGUGGGCUGAUCUGCACAUCUGCCCAUGCAUCUAACAGAGUUAAUAAUGGUACUUACUGUAAAUAAGCCUUUAAAAUGCAUAUAUACAAAUUAUUUUUAAAAUAAAGCAAUUUGUAGGAAGUAAUUUCUUAGGCCAUCAAGUUGUACGCUGUUGAAUAGAAAUAUGCACCUCCAAAAACAGCAUUGUUUUUGAGGGAGAUUUAUAAAUUGUGUGUGACCUGUUUUGGACUUGAAAUAACAUUGUCAAAUGUUAUUUCACACACUAAUUCCUACACCUCUCAGGAAAAUCCUGCAACUUGUAAACACCAAUAGAUCUUAGGAAUGCUGCAGAUGAAUGUUUCUGUUAGUAAUGAAGUGUUUGUGACUCUGCUGAGUGGAAAGUAAUGGAUCUGCUAGGGCUGCUGACUGUGUCUGAUUCAGGCCAUGCAUAUUCUGUAAUUUUUCCACUGUGUUCAGCCAUUUUUUCAGCAUGGUUUGAAUGCUGGUUUGAAUCUCUUGUUCCAUGUAAAGGGUGCAUUUCACAGAAGGUAUUAAAUCUGCAUCCUAUGAACCUAAA